AUUAGCCAAUGCCGCAUCUAACUCCUCAAAACACACUCUCACUCUCUCAAACAAAUACUAAUAGCUGACUAUAAGUGUUUGUAUCUGCAUUUCCCGCACACAACAAACAACAACCUUAUCUUCUUCUUCAUCAACAAUGUCCUUCUUUCGCCGUUCCCAAAAACCUUCACCACCAUCCACCUCCGACUCACCACCUACCUCCGACCCAAAAAACUCCUCAGAUUCCGAUUCCGACUCAGAAGCAUCCUCAGACUUAGAACCAGCCGAUGAAGCCGAAAUAGAAGCAUAUCUUGCUGCAUUCCGUGCCGAAUACCAGGCCGAACGAUACGAUGACUCCGAAUUGGACCCGGAAAGAAACUUCAAAGACGUCAUGGAAGCAUUUCAAGCCGAAAAAGCUCAGAAAAAGCUCGAAAGAAAUAUACGUAGACGUCUUGAAGAAUUCAAUCCAUUUGAUUUUCCUCCUGAUAAAGAGAAUUGGACAGAAGAAGAUUUGAGAGAGCUUUGGGAUGAUGCGAAUCAUACAAUUACUGGUGCUGGUUGGGACCCUGAGGGUGCUGAUGAAGAAGAAUGGGAAUAUGUGUUGGAUAUGGUUGAUAGGGGAAAAGACGUUCCUAUUGCUCCUUUUUAUCUUCCUUAUAGGAAAAAUAUACCUCCUCUUCCUGAUAAUCAUUCUGCUAUUAAAAGUCCUAUGGAUCUUAUUGAAGAAUUGGAUAGGAUUGAAGAGUUUCUCAAAUGGGUUAGCUAUAUUUUUGAAGAUGGUAGCUCAUAUGAAGGCACCGUUUGGGAUGAUGUUGCUCAAGGAAGAGGUGUUUAUUCUAAUGAAGAUGGACUUGUCAGGUAUGAAGGUGAAUGGCAUCGAAACGAUCCAGAGGGUCAUGGUGUUGUUGAAGUUGAAAUACCUGUUAUAGAACCUGUUGCUGGGUCUGCACUUGAAAAAAAAAUGCGAGCUCAAGGGAGGAUAAUAAAAAGGGAUUUUAUGUCCCCAGAAGAUAGAGAGUGGCUCGAUAAGGAUACUGAAGAUAGUUUUCAUCUUACACGUGGAUACGCCGAAAUCCCCUUUUAUGAGAGAAAAGAAUGGCUUGAAGAAUUUGAAAAAAAGCCGGAGAAAGGUCGCUAUCGUUAUGCUGGUCAGUGGAAGCAUGGGCUGAUGCAUGGAUGUGGUGUAUAUGAAGUUAACGAGCGUAUUGUAUAUGGUAGAUUUUAUUUUGGAGAAAUAUUGGAUGAUGACGAGGGAUGUGAUGAUGAAACUUCAGCGCUGCAUGCUGGUAUAGCUGAAGUUGCUGCUGCAAAGGCUCGCAUGUUUGUGAACAAGCCAGAUGGAAUGGUUAGAGAAAAGAGGGGUCCAUAUAAUGAUCCACAACAUGCAUACUUGUACGAAGGAGAAGAUGUGUGGAUGGCCCCUGGCUUCAUUAACCAAUUUUAUGAAGUCCCUGAUUACUGGAAAACAUAUGCAAAAGAAGUAGAUCAAGAAAGAGAAAUGUGGUUGAACUCUUUCUAUAAAUCUCCUCUUAGGAUACCUAUGCCAGCUGAGCUGGAAUAUUGGUGGGACAAAGAGGAGAAUCACGAGCUUCCUGAAUUUGUCCUCAUUAACGAGGAACCUAAGCCUGAUCCUGAAGACCCAUCAAACCUAAUAUAUACCGAGGAUCCUCUCAUCGUUCACACUCCAACCGGAUAUAUUAUCAAUUAUGUCGAGGAUGAGAAACAUGGAAUACGUAUGUUCUGGCAACCACCUAUGGAAAAUGUCGAGAACGUAGACCCGAAAAAGGUAGAGCCAGACCCGACAAAGGCAAAGUUCCUACCCCUUGGUUAUGAUGAAUAUUUUGGGGUAGAUAAGAAGGAAAAGAACAUAGGGGUGCGUCUUGUGCUUGCAAUUGAAAAAGUGACCAAGCAGUGGUUUGAUAAAGUAGGAAAAUGGACCGAAGAAAAGAAGAAAACUGGUGAAAUGAAAAAGGAGGCAAUUGAGAAAGAACUUGAACUAAUAGAAGCUGAAUUAUGUUUGGAAGAGACCAUUGAGGACAUGGAAGAUUUAUUGCGCAGAAGAGAGAAAGAGGAGAAAAAGAAGUCGGAAUUGGGUUUGCCAGAUGAAGAUGAUACGACGUCUGCAUCCAAUUUGGAGUUGCCAGAUGAAGAUGAUAGGAUUUCGGUAGCCAAUUUGGGUUUGCCAGAUGAAGAUGAUAAGAUUUCUGUUGCCAAACAAGAAGAAAAAGCUCGUGUAGAUGAGGAGGAAGAGGAAGAUGAGGAGGACGAGGAGGAUGAUAAUGCACCUUCUAGUUUUGGGUCCAUUGAGCAAGAACAAAAGACAGAUCAGCAGAGUGGAAAACCCGGCAAAUCACCAUUUUCUACAACUUCACUAACAUUUUCUUCUAGCAGCCUUAUCUCUGCGGUUCCAUCAAAGCUGCAACAAUCAUUUUCGUUCUGGAACAAGGUUGUAUCAAAACCAGGGUUAGUUCCGGUGCAGUGCAUUGAUCGCAUCAGCGAUGUGCAAAGAGUUGGUUCUGUCAGUUUCCCUCUCGUGACCGGCCAAAAGGGUAGGUUGAAAGCCGCAGGUAAAACACAUCAAAAAGUUGAGGCAAGAAGCUAUUUAGGUCGGAAAUUUCUUGAAGCAUCCUCUAGGUCUCAUACUCGACCGUGUAAUAUGGCUACUGCAAGUUCGAAAAGCAACUCAAAGGAGCAGAGGAUGAGUGGUGACGCAUCGUUGCAUGCAGCACCAGAGGUGGAUUUAGACAACAUACUAUCUUUGCAUUCAGUUUCGUCAAUGUAUGAUUGUUAUCCAAAUAUCCAAAGAGAACCCCAUUUCAAAUUUAAGUUUUGAAGACUAUUUUUAUUGUUAAGUAGGUCCUUUGUGUACCAAAAAUGAGCUAGCAUAGGCUUUGCCGCGGCAUAGAGACCGAAAAGAAAUGAGAACUGUGUUGUAAUUUUUGUCUUUCAAAAUUUGAAAAUUAUCUGCCGAA